ACACCUGAGAAGUAUUGAAAUAACACCAGUUUGGAAUCAAACCAAUGCUGUUUUAAUACUAAUUGGUGUUGUAUAAACAAAAUAUAUCUGGUGUUAGACCAAAACCAAACUGGUGUUGUUUAACACUUCUCUGGUGUGGACAAAUAUCGAUUCCGGGCUGGUGUUAAAUCAACACCGGAGUUUUUGCAGUGUGGCAUUGCGUGCUUGCCAUAGGAUCCCCUAUUGAAAUGAGAUCAAUCGUUAUUUCUUUCUUUGCAUUCAGCAGAUAAUUCUUCACUUCACUUCCUCGAACAAGAUGCCAUGACACGCACGGAAGAUAACAAUUAUACAUUCAAAUACGGAAAACAAAACGAACAUUGCGCGCGAGCGACUUAUCCUUAAAUUUAUUGGAGACUCUUAAAGCUACUCAGUAAUCAGUGUUAUUUGCCUGGGUCAUUAUCUUUCAAUUCCAGAACUUCAGAAAGGCUAUAGUUUUCUAUUGGUGUUUUGCAGCAGAUAUUGGCCAUUCGAAUGAUGACGUACACCACUACACAAAUCUCUGUACAUUAUUUCAAUUCACACCAAUCAAGGAGAUGCCAGACGGAAAUGCGUUCACCUGCGAGUAACAGACGACUAGUCAGACAGCAUUCAAUUUACGUGCCGUGCCAAAAAUAUGAGCAGCUAGCUCAAUAUGUUCGCCAGCAUUAGGGGGAUACAUCAGUCUUGAUUCAGCUCACCGAGUGAGAUAUACCAUCAAGAGAUGAGAAACUUGGAAAUAUUAAUGUCAUUAGAUGUGUUAAAUUGGAAUCAUAAAGGCAUCUACAUUCCGACGGAGAUUGAAAAGAUUGGUAAAAUAACUUAUCUAGAUUGUUUAUAAAAUGCUGAUUCCAUUUUCUGUGAAUAAUUUAAAACCACAGCAGCCCGUUGAACACGUCGAAGACAAUUUCAAGUGAUAUUGGAGAAAAAUAUGUCAAGACGUUGGAUUCAAAUAAUGUCAUCUGUGGAAAGGAUUGUGCUUUAUCAGCAAAAAUUAUAGGAUUAAAUUAUACUCUAACAAAAACCAUCAGUCAUAGUAUAUCUUGAAUAAUGCAAACGUUAACAUUUUGGAUCGCACUAUAUUUCAGAUCCUAGCAUCAUGAGUUUCUUCAAUUGUUUCUUUUCGUCUUCUAUAUUUCCUGAUCUUUGGGAUUAGAAAUGUCAAUGACAUUCGAGGGGAAAGUGGGUGAAAGGGUAUGGAUGGUAGAACAUACAAGGUCAUUGGCAUACUCGGUUCAACAAGGCUCCACUCGGUGAAUCACGCUCUUAUGUGUUCGAGCGCAAAACACGAUGAUGACGGUUGAUGAUCAAACUACAGGCCGAUCGAUCACGAAAAUCAGAUCAUCUGAUGAAGCGAGGAAGGUAAUUAAUGAGUUAUUGACGAGGAGAAAAUCGAAUACUAAGAUCGUGAAAGAGGUCAACUUGAAUCAUGAUGAAGGGUCACGUGAUAAAAGAAGGAAUAACCAAUCUCGGGAGGCUGACAAAAUCCCAAAGCGAUCGAAUUCCUUUUCAUUGCCGAAAACUGAGGAUGUUGCUGCCGUUGGUGGCAACGCAUCACCAAGGAAUCCGCGGGCGGUAGGAGCUGGAGGACGUAAGGUUUCGGGACGGCGGUUGAUCUCAACAGCGUCAACCCCGCGAAGAACAAAAAGUGAAACGAAUUUAAAUCAACCGCUACCGGAGCUUGAUGCCUAUCAAAGACACGCGUCAAUGACACAGCUUGUGUCAUUACAUCCACAACCUACCACACCACGUCACUCGUCGUCGAAUCUCGACAAGAAUAACACCGAUGCCGGCGCGAAACAUGCUGCCAAUGCCAAGUCGCCAGGGUAUUACAGUAGAAAAAUGCAGGACCAACCGGAACAGCACCUUGCCUCGAUGCACAACCGACCCAACAAGGAGAAACCGUCUCCUGCCCAGCGGUUCAUUGAUGCAAAACUGAAGUCGCGGUCAGAGAAUUGUCUCUUACAGUCGGGGAAACGCCGGAAACAACCCAGCGGCGCUAAUGCCAAACACGGUGGAAACUCGCUCACUCCUCGCAGUCCCGCAGUCGGUCGGCGCUAUGAGACGCGUGAAAAAUCUCGACCGGUAACGGAUGCGGUUGACGCAAGUUUUGAACCGCCGCGAACAAAAGUGGUAAGAGAGCGGUCAUUCGACAUGACAUUUCCCGGUUACGACGCACGAUAUGAGCAGCAGAUAGAGGUACCUCAACUCGAUGACGUUGAUAAGGAGAUAGAAGAUGAAUGUAAAAAGAAAUCAGUUGACAAGUGCAGAAGAUGGAUGAAUAGAUAUAUGAAUUAUGAAUAGAUUUCUUCUGCGAAGAAGCAGGCAUAUAUUAAUAUAAGUUAAAUAACAAAUUUAGCAGAUAGAGAAAACCUUUACUAUACAUGAUUUUUAUAUUUAGAUAUGAAAUGAAAUGUUCCGUAAUAACACACCCGUCCAGACUAUUUAAACAAUAAUUAAGAAAGAUGUGCUACACAUUACGCUUCAAAAAAUAUAAUCCCAAGAUUUAUGUCGAUCAUGUAUACUCGUAAAAUACGAAGAUGAUUUCAAUGAUAAAUCAAGAUGUACAGUUUUAUUUUCAGAAUAUGAAACAUUAUUUUUGAACAUUCUUAUUCUUUUCCAAGUUCUGAAAUAGUUAACGAUGGAAACAAAUGUAUUGUCAAAUACCCUUCAUGCCCUUCAUGACAAAAACAAGGAAGUCAUUGUCGAAAAUUGGUGAAUCAAAACAGCGGUUUAGUCCUUGACUCUGAACAAACGACAUAUUUGCAACUUUUCGUCAUCUCCAAAACCUAGGACGAAACUGCUAUUCAGGGUUCACCAAUUUUCGACAAAGGCCUCCCAGUUGUUUUUUUUUUUUGUGGGGGGGGGGUUAUUUUACGGGCUUUUUUGAUAUAUUUGUUAUGUUCUUGGAUCCUCCGUAUUUGCGAAGCGAAAACUCCCUCCUGACGGAAACAAUCUCUUUAAAUCCAUUAACGAAAUGACGGAUGUCAGUCCAUAAUAGCUCCAUGGUAAUCCCUUCUUUCGAGAUAUAUCCCUCGAAUGGAAAUAAAUUUGUCAGAUUAUCUUAAUAGGAAACCAUAUUCUGUACGACAGCAAAACACAGUUCUGCUUGUAAAUGUUAAAAGCUCACUGGCGGAUCCAGAUGAGGAGCCGGCCCAUGCCCCCCUUUUUUGAGAGGCACAAUUAAAAUUUGUAAUGUAAAAAUGCAGUUAAAACAGAAGUGUGCCCGCCCCCCUUUUGAAAGUGAAGACCUUUUUUUCUUGCUUGUCAAACUUUUUCCUCGGGAAAAUGUGCCCCCCCCCCUUUGAAAAAUUCUGGAUCCGCCCUUGUAUAAGCUCAUCUGAUUUGCCAUACAUAAUAUGGAAUACAAGUCAUAAUUGUGUAUGACAUGGAUAUAAAUUACAAUUUUAGCUUUCACAAAUGGUAUUAAGAUCUAAGGAGAUACCAAGUAGAGAUUUGAAUUUGUUUAUAUGUAUUUUAUUUUGACAAUCAUGAAAACCGUAUUUUUUAAAAUCAUUAUAAUUAUGUUUGUACAAAGAUUUGAAUACACCAGAAUUUACAUGAAAUAUUUAACUCAUUGUUGUGAAUGGGAGAAUUUGAAAUGUGUAGAAUAAUUUCGAUUUUUAUCAUAUAUUUCUUGGGUCGUUUGUGGUAAUGAGGUUAUAAAGGGAACUUCUAUGUUUGCAACUCUACCUUUUACAAAACAAAUCAUAAACUAUUUCAAUGGGAUAUUUCAUUUUCCGGUUUCUUGCCUAAUUUGCUCCUAUUUCAUAAUGUAUAUUUAUCAAAUGAUUUGAUGGUGAUUGUUUUAUGUACUUAAAAGAAAAUCUUAUCAAAGGCAUUAUGAAUCAUAUUUUGUAAGCAUUUUGUGUAAUAAAAUUGAUUCGUUGAGAAAAGAAGAAAUGAUAUUGUACUGUUCAGUUAUAUGUGAAAUAAAAGACUUUGGAAUUAGACAAAGGGUCAGAAUAUUACUUUAAGAAACAUUAAACUGAUAUGGGAACGUAUCAAUAUAUUACGUUUUUUAUACUUGAACUAUAGAUACAACAAUCUCAAUAAA